AUGUCGUCCGUCAGAAGAUCUGCCCGCAUCCAGGCCAGUCAGCCUGAUAUCCAGGCUCCUAUUUCGAAAUCUAAAGCGAGCAAGAAGACCAAUGGGCUCGAUACCGUUGUCCGGCCCCCAAGCAAGAAGCGCGGCCGACCCUCGAAGAGCGUCGACUCGACCGCAGAGCCCACUCUCUCUGGUCCAACCGCAACUGACAAAGCGGAUGCCAAUGUCUUCGUCACACCUCUAACUCCCACCACUAAGCGACGCAAACCCGUCAAUGAUGGCCCAUCUCCAUCCAAGCCUCCACCGUUCACCCCCACGCCCUCGGCUGUAGGACUGAUAGCAUCGUCCUCGCCACUCAGCACCGCAGACACCGAUGCAGUUCCCCCCAAGCGUAGUCGGAAGGCGCGCCUCGCGGAGCCACACGCCACCAACGCGCCGUUGUCAACGCCGGGCGGAUCGCGCGUGGUCGCGUACACGGCCGGUGUGCCUGAGGCGAGCGAGGUUGCCCCAGCAGAGGCGGCGGGCGCGACGCUUCUGCCCGAGACGACGACAGAGAACUUGCUUGAGAUGGCGUGUGCGCAUUUGAUUAAGGUCGACCCGAGGCUAAAGGCGGUUAUCGAAAAGCAUCCGUGUAAGCACUUUUCGCCCGAGGGGCUGCAGGAAGAGGUGGAUCCGUUCAAGAGCUUGGUAUCUGGUGCGGCAGCCAAAUCCAUUAGGAAUAGGUUUAUCGCGCUGUUUCCUAACUCUACUAACUCCCCAUCCUUCUUCCCUGAUCCCGUCUCAGUUGCAGCCGCAGACCUCUCUCUCCUGCGUACCGCUGGCCUCUCCGGCCGCAAAGCCGAGUACGUGAAAGGUUUGGCCGAAAAGUUCGCGUCUGGAGAGCUAUCCGCUCAGAUGCUAGUAGAAGCAUCUGAUGCUGAGGUCCUCGAGCGGCUCGUCGCCGUGCGAGGUCUUGGUCGCUGGAGCGUCGAGAUGUUUGCUUGCUUCGCGCUGAAGCGCAUGGACGUGUUUAGCACCGGGGAUCUCGGUGUCCAGAGAGGCAUGGCCGCAUGGUUGGGUAAAGAUGUCGCGAAGCUAAAGUCUAACGGCAAGGGAGGGAAAUGGAAAUAUUUGAGCGAAAAGGAGAUGUUGGAGCAUUCCGCAAAAUUUGCACCUUAUCGGAGUCUUUUCAUGUGGUACAUGUGGAGGGUCGAAGACGUCGAUAUCGACGCCCUCACAGCCUGA